AUGGGAGACUCGGGCGGUCCUCUGGUAUACUUGGAUCCAACCACCAAUAGGUUCACCCAAGUGGCUUUGGUCUCCUAUGGACCUACUGCUUGUGGAAGUGAUCCAAGACCUUCAGUGAAUACCGAUGUGUAUGCUUUCAACAGCUGGAUCCAGAAGGCUAUUGCAGCCCAUGAAGGACAUCUUGGAAUAGUAGCCAUGAAGCAAAAGGUCUGGUGGCCAGGUAUCGAUGCUGCUGCUGAAAAGAUGGUGGUAUCAUGUCAUUUAUGCCAUUUGGUUGGAGUUUCUCCAUCACCAGAGCCAAUGUCGCGAAGAAAAAUGCCUGAAGUUCCAUGA